AUGUCCAACCCGUCCGAACCACCCCACUCGAAGGAGGACCACGACUACCACGCAGACUACGACCUCUCCCGGCCCCUCGCCACCGCCUCCGCCCGCGGCCUCCGCCAAGGCCUCACCAGCUACGGCGACGCGCACUUCUCGCUCUUCCUCCGCAAAGCCUUCAUCAAAGCCGCGGGGCUCUCCUCCUCGGCCCUCGCCCGCCCCAUCAUCGGCAUCGCCACCACGGCGUCGGGCUUCAACCCGUGCCACGCCAACUCGCCCGCGCUCGUCGACGCGCUGCGGCGCGGGGUGCUGCUGGCGGGCGGGCUGCCGGUCGAGUUCCCGACGAUCUCGCUGCACGAGUCGUUCGCGGGCCCCUCGUCGUCCAUGUUCCUGCGCAACCUGAUGAGCGUGGAUACCGAGGAGAUGGUGCGCGCGCAGCCGGUCGACGCCGUGGUGCUCGUGGGCGGCUGCGACAAGACGGUGCCGGCGCAGCUGAUGGGGGCCGUGGCGGCCGGGGAAGUGUGCCCCGCGCUGCCGCUCGUGACGGGGCCGAUGAUGCCCGGCAGCUAUCGCGGGGUGAGGGUGGGGGCGUGCACGGAUUGUAGGGGGAGUUGGGCGAGGUUUAGGGCCGGGGAGAUGGACGUGGAGGAUAUCGAGGGGGUGAAUGACGAGUUGGCUCCGACGUCCGGAACCUGCGGCGUCAUGGGCACCGCCAGCACCAUGGCCUGCAUCACCGCGGCCCUGGGCCUCAUUCCCCUCCGCGCCGGCGCCACCGCGCCCGCCGUCUCCGCCGCCCGCCUGCGCGUCGCCGAAGAGACGGGAAAAAACGCCGUCCACGCCGCCACCCACCAAGACCGCGCCUCGCUCCUCCCCACCGCCCUCCUCACGCGCGAGUCGUUCCUCAACGCCAUCACCGUGCUGCAGGCCGUCGGCGGCUCCACCAACGCCGUCGUCCACCUCCUCGCCAUCAUCAACCGGCACCCGCACCUCGCGGGCACCAUCACCCUCGCCGACUUCGACGCCGUCGGCCGCGCGACGCCGCUGCUCGUCGACCUCAAGCCGUCGGGCAGCGGGUACAUGACCGACUUCCACGACGCGGGCGGCAUGCCCGCGCUGCUGACCCAGCUGCGGCCGCUGCUGCAUCUCGACGCGCGGACCAUUACGGGCCGCACGCUCGGCGAGGCGCUCGACGCGUGCAACUUCCGCCCCUUCGAAGCAUCGUAUCGGAUCGUGCGCCCGCUAUCCGACCCGCUAUACCCGGCCUCCUCGCUCGUCGUCCUGACGGGCAACCUCGCGCCGCGGGGCGCCGUCAUGAAGGCGUCGGCGUCAAAGGACCGCCGGCUGCUGCAGCACUCGGGCCCCGCGUGCGUGUUUCGCGACGCCGAGGACCUGGCCGAGAGGCUGGACGACCCGGAGUUGCGCGUCACGCGCGACUCGGUGCUCGUGCUGCAGAACAUUGGGCCGAGGGGCCACCCGGGUAUGCCGGAGGCGGGGAUGUUGCCCAUUCCGCGGAAACUGGCGAGGGAGGGGGUCGAGGAUAUGGUGCGUGUGAGUGAUGGGCGUAUGUCUGGGACUGCGGGUGGGACGGUUGUGCUGCACGUUAGUCCCGAGGCGAAGGAGGUGGAGAGCGUGUUGGGUAUUGUGAGGGAUGAGGAUGUCAUCAGGGUGGAUCUUGAGGGGAGGAGGCUGGAUGUGUUGCUGAGUGAGGAGGAGAUCAGGGCUAGGAUCGAGGAGAGGAAGGUGGUGGAGAGAAGGCUGGCGGAAGCUGAAGAGGUGGAUGCGGUGGCUGCGGGGAAGCCGAGGCGGGUGAGGAGGGGAUAUAGGGCGCUGUAUGAUAAGUGCGUGAAUCAGGCAGAUGAGGGUGCGGACUUUGACUUUCUGACUGCGAGGGGGAUAUGA